GAUUGUUUUCCAACCUUAAGCCUGUGAUACCAUGACACUGUCAGAUUUUCAAUGCCUCCAGCCAAAUUUUCUUUUCUUGGUGCUUUGCUGUACUGGAUUCUUUGAUCAACGCAGAUAUUUGGUACAAAUUGUUUUCACUUUUUUUUUUUUAUAUAAUAAUUUUUCCACCUUGUUUCAUUGUUGCAUGCUAUUACUCGAGUCUUCUUAUUUGUCAAAUGGCAAAAUUUUCGAAUCUGUGACCAAACUGAUCAUUAUUGACAUUGGCUGAAGUUGCAGAGUUUGAGUCCUUGAGUUUGUGGCUUCCCCUGGAAAGCGUAUCUGUUUCCAAUUUGAUACUCAUCAACCCCUCUGAAACUUUUUCUCAGUUUAUUAAAUUCUCCAGAUUGUAUAGUAGCUAGCUACUUACCCACUAGAAGGCUUGAAUUGUUUCAUCUCAUCUUACUCAUAGUGUUUUUGUUUUUGUUUUUUGAUACAUCUACUACCCUAAGUUACAGCUUCUUUGUGAUCACUGUUGAAAUCCACAAUUUCAACAUUGUCAAUAUCCCGUUUAUUGUACAAGAUACACAAUACAUUAAUGGAGUAGUAAGUGUCCUAAUGUGGUUAUCAUCGUAAUUCCAAUCGAUAAAAAAAAAAAAAAAAGAUACAUGGUACACUUGUACCAUUUUAGUUUGUGCUUCAAGUUUCACAUUUGGAAUUCAUAUUUAUUUCUGUAAAAGCAAGUCAUUGCAUUCAGGAAAUUUGCCAUUUUGUGGGGGUAUUCAGCAUACUUGGUAUGCCUAGGCUAUAGGUAAAUGUCAAUCCUGUGCGGUGUGCCUCUUGUAGAGUGUGUGUACUGUCUGGCUUGUGCUCGUUGGGCUUGGAAAAGAUGUAUCUACACAGCAGGCCAUGACAGUGAAACUUGGGGCCUUGCCACAGUAGAAGAAUUUGAGCCUGUUCCUCGCCUUUGCCGAUAUAUUUUAGCCGUGUAUGAAGAUGAUAUUCGACACCCUCUUUGGGCGCCUCCUGGUGGCUAUGGAAUCAACCCUGAUUGGUUAAUACUCAAGAAGACAUACGAAGAUACACAAGGGCGGGCCCCACCCUAUACACUGUAUCUUGAUCAUGAUCAUGCCGAUAUAGUUCUUGCCAUUAGGGGACUAAAUUUGGCUAAGGAGAGUGACUAUGCAGUGCUGUUGGAUAACAGAUUGGGGAAGAGGAAGUUUGAUGGGGGGUAUGUUCACAAUGGGCUGUUGAAGGCCGCUGGAUGGGUUAUGGAUGCUGAAUGUGAAAUUUUGAGGGAAUUGGUAGAGGAGUAUCCAAACUAUUCUCUGACUUUUACUGGACAUUCCCUUGGAUCAGGAGUGGCAGCAAUGUUGAGCAUGGUAGUGGUGCAAAAUCACGAUAAGCUUGGACAUAUUCAGAGGAAGAGGGUCAGGUGCUAUGCUAUUGCACCUGCUAGGUGUAUGUCACUGAAUUUGGCAGUCAGAUAUGCAGAUGUAAUCAACUCUGUUGUGCUUCAGGAUGACUUCUUACCAAGGACAGCCACUCCAUUGGAAGAUAUAUUCAAGUCUCUUUUCUGUUUGCCAUGCUUAUUGUGCUUGAGGUGCCUGAAGGAUACAUGUAUACCAGAGGAGAAGAUGCUACAAGAUCCGAGGAGACUCUAUGCUCCUGGUCGGCUUUAUCACAUUGUUGAGAGAAAGCCUUUCAGAAUGGGGAGGUUUCCCCCAGUUGUAAGGACAGCAGUUCCGGUAGAUGGAAGGUUUGAACAUAUAGUCCUUUCUUGUAAUGCUACAUCUGAUCAUGCCAUUAUUUGGAUAGAGAAAGAAGCCCAAAGGGCUCUAGAUUUGAUGAAGGAGAAAGAUAACACAUUGGAAAUACCUACUAAGCAAAUCAUGGAGCGGCAAGAAACAUUAGCUAGACACAGUCAAGAAUACAAUGCAGCAUUACAAAGGGCUAAAACAUUAGAUGUUCCACAUGCUUAUACACCACCAUCACAAUAUGGAACUUUUGAUGAGGAGGGAGAGCAGAGUUCAAGAAGGUCACAUGCUGAAUCUUCUCUUGGCUCAACUAGUAGGAGUACAGUAGAUGAAACUUGGGAUGAAAUGAUUGAGCGUCUUUUUGACAAGGAUGAGCAUGGCCACAUUCUGCUUAAGAAAUAAUGUUGUGGCUCAAAGAUGGAAUAACAUGAAGAGGAGAAUGAUAAAUUUAGUAGAAAUUGUUUCAGAACAGUUUCCACAACACAGUAGAAGCAUAUUGGCAGCAUCCUAGUUAUUUGUU